UCGUUGCACCUGAUUGAAACCAAACGGGGCUAGACAAAAGAUACAUAUUGGUUUGUAGCAAAAGAAAACGGUUUAGUUUUAAGUUUACAAACCAUCACCCAAACAUCGCGAAUACCGCAGUGAAGUGUGCGAGGAACAGUGCGCGAUAUCAUCGUAUGGAACAAGUGCUCGUGACACGAUACAUAUUCUACAAACCAUUACAUUACGCACGUAAAAUUCAUGAGAGAUGCAUCGAUAGCGGAUAUGCUGUGCGUAGGAAAUUCCAAAGCGAGAAGCAAUACGAUUUGCGGCCGAAGUUCCCCUUGUUUACGUGUAGUUGUGUGCGUGUGAAAGAUCGUGUUGCGUGUGUGUGUUCCGUUCCAAAUCGUAUGGAUCGCUGAGGGACGAAAAGAAAGCUUUUCCUCGCUGGAAGAAAGGAAUCACCGCCAAUAUGAAGCGACUUGUCCACACCGUCCAGUAUUAUUUCGGAAUGUUGAUGCUUAUUGUGCUGCUACUGCCGAUUCCGCUGCGGUGUCAAGGAGCGGUAGCGUCUGGCAGCACAAUUUUUGUAAAUAGCAUAGUUUCGUCGAUAAGCAACGUAAGUGUAAGUGUACCGAUAAGUUCCGAUAACAACCAAGUGCCUUCGGUGGCGGUGAUAUCUGUACCCACAUCGAUAUCGCCCGUUUCACCGUCGUCGUCGGUGACAGCUUCCGCGCCGAGUUCCGGCAGCUCAACAACAUCAGCAUCUGCGGGAUCUGUAGAAUAUAGCGUUCAGGAGUUGACAAAAUCACUAGAAACUACGUUCGACCAUAUCCGAAAUGGAGAACUAAGUGUUCCCAAUGUUCAGAAAUUGUACGAUAGCAUGAAAAUCAUAUCAACGACUCACAAUGACGCCGAGCUACUGGAAAAAAUAGCUCUCAGGCUAACUCGGAAGCUCAAUCAGACGAUAUCGGUGAUCGAACAUCUGCGUCGAUUCAUCCAACUCACUGGCAGCAGCUAUGGUGCAAAGUAUAACACACUCAUCAAUCCCUGUCCCUACAGCGAGCUCAUAAACCCAUGGGAAGAUGAAGCGCCGUUCGAUUUACAGAGCUUCAUUCAAAGCACGAAACUAUCUAACGUUUCGUUGAGCAGACCGUAUUCCCCGUCCGGUGACGUUUUGGUGAAUACCAACGGUUCUAACAAUAGCUUCGCCACCAGCGGUUUCCUAGAUUUCAGUGCCUUUCCAACGAACGCGGAUUCCGAUCGGCCAAGAAUACGCAUUACCGAUCAAACUAUCGACGAUAACAAUGCCAACUUGCAGCAGCUAUUUACCAAGCACAGUGCUCAAAUGGAUGAGAAUUAUCUGAGCUACCGACAGCAGUUCUACCUUUCCUCGCUUGAUCAUGCAAGCGCUUACAAAUGCCACUACUAUCCAAGGGACGGUCGACUCAAAGCACUGUUCCUAUCGGCCGUUCGCAACAAACAUGUGCUGAUUUUGCUGGACGUCGGAAACACGAUAACAUACGACCAGCUCGAGGUAGCCAAAGCCAUCAGCAAGUUUGUGCUGUAUCUGCUCAACGAGAACGAUCGCGUUUCGAUCGUGGCGAUCGGACAGCGCGUCAUUACUUCGGACGAAUUUUUCGACUGCCGUACACCGAAUCGAUUUGUACGCGCCACAAUGGACGAAAAGGAUCGAUUGGUGGAUUUUAUUGAUUCGCUCAACCGAACUAAACAGACGACAGAUCAUUCGGCGGGCUUCCAAUAUGCGUUUGAUGCGUUCUCCGACAUUUAUCGAACGCACGACGACGAAGUUCCGGUAGUUUUUCUGUAUCUCGGUCGGGCACUGUUACCACCGGGCUCAACUGCACCAAAAACCAUCCUGCAUACAGUUCACGAAGGUCAGACACGAUUGCCCUAUCCGGUCAUUAUCAACAGUUGCUUAAUAUUGCUGGACGAGCGUGAAGUUGCACACGAGAAGCAGCUUAUUGCGGAUAUUAGUACACAGAACUACGCACGGUACAAUCUCUCCCAAGUGAUCUAUCCCGCCGGGAAGAUGGUAAUGAUAUCGAAACAUUCAUUCGAUGCUCAGCGUUUCAUCGUGGCUUUAAUGGAACCGUUUUUAAGCGCGAGUCGCUUCAUUGAGGAACAUCUGCGUAUACACUUACCGUACUACGAUCCAUCACUGCACGAUACCGUAGUUACCGUGAGUUACCCUGUAGGGGUUCACGGUCUUGUUGGAGUUGAUCUUUAUCUGAGCGAUCUGGCGGAGCAUGUAGCAUACUAUCGGCAGCAGGAUGAUUCGUACGCAUUCCUAAUCGAUCUGCAGGGCAACACAAUUAUGCAUCCAUCCUUUCCGCGACCGCUGGCUGCUCGUGGAAGCUUCUACAUAACCAACAUAACGCGCCUCGAACGCGAGCAUUUCGCGCCGGCAUACAAGCGAAUGUUGGCCGAUCCGGAAGGUAACUUGCGCAUCAAUCACUACGGCACAAACCGUACUACAAUGUACUAUUGGAAGCGUGUAUACUCUUACAUCGUGUGCAUCGUACGAACGCUCGGUGUCGAUUCCGACAACUCGUUGAAUGUGGAUGAACCCCACACUUCUCAAACUCCGGUGCAGUACCUUCAUCCAUUGACGGGAAGCAGCGAUGGGCGGAAUAGUGUCGAAUACAACUUCAUCGCUGCCAGUAGUAUCACGACGAGAAAUCUUCUCUCGACAUUGCUUUAUCACCGUAUUGAUAUUUUUCCGCCUCAACUGCAACGACCGCCAGUGGAUCUGCUGCAAUCGGGUGGCGAUGGAUCGCUGUGUCGAUUGGUGAAACAAUUAGCCAUUGUUGACGCCAGCACACUCUAUCUGAGUUCCUCUUCGUUCCAGUCCCCAUUUACACAUAUUCGCAACAACCGGGACGGCACCGGCGAGGAAAUUAACGUUAGGACUAUACAAAACAUUAUGGCUUACCUGAAGGACACGUACGGCAAGCUACUGUUUGCCAACCCAGGUCUGCAGCCUGAUGUACGUAGCGAUGUUUUGGCACUGUUGCAAAUACUGUACGAUUACCAAGUCCGCCACGCUCAAAGCAAUCUUAGCCGGUACAUCGUUAGGCGUUAUGCCGCUACCGUUAACGGUGUGCUGCAAAUGUUUCCCGGUGGUUUGCUCGAUACUGACCUGGAACCAACGAAGCGGUCGUGGUUCGUAAAGGCGAUGGAAUAUCCGGGCCGGUUGGUAUUUACCCAGCCCUAUCUCGAUGCUGGUGGUGCUGGAUAUGUCGUAAGUGUCGCUUAUGCGAUAUCGGAAGGACGAACGAGUACAACGGCCAGCAACACCGCACAUCACAAAGCAAUCGCCGUUGUUGCAAUGGACUUUACGCAAACGUUCUUUUACAAGUUGUUGCUUGAUUCGGCAUCUGUUUGUAGUAUGGAAAAUAUUAAAUGCUUGCUCAUGGAUGAUCGUGGCUACCUGGUAGCACAUCCGAUGGUUGCUGAAGCACCGCUACGAUCCGGAAACACCCGCCGUCCGGUUGAACACAUAACGCACAAGGAGUCGCAGGUCGCCAACGACAUUCUCAACCAUAAACAACUGGUCACGAAGAAAAUGUGCUAUAACUAUGUUAAUCGAACGGUACAGCGGUUUUAUCAGUUUAACAUGAGUCUGUCGACAGAGGACGUCAUCACCAAUCUGAUGUAUGGAGAGAAAACAAAGUACCAGAUCGCGCUGAUUCCUGGCACGAAUCUAUUCCUCGGCAUUGUUAACUCCACUAACGAUGGAGGAGCAUUUUGUCCUUGCAGUACGGUUGGCAACUCAUGUCUUAACUGCAACCGAAUGGAACAGACUGAGUGUGAAUGUCCGUGCGAGUGUCCUUUAGACUAUGGCGUUUCAGAUCUUGAAGGAAGCUGUGCAACUCAGCCGAAACGAACGAAAUCUGCUGGAAGUUUCCCGGUACCACUUUGCUCUCCACUGCCCGAGGAAUUGAUUUCGAUGAGUGCCAUCAAUUACGAAGCGGACUAUGACUUGAAGAGCUGUACAAACAUAAAUUGCGAGGACUAUACGACACAAAACGAGUGUAUGGGAUUGGUUGGCUGUGAAUGGUGUCAGGUUGAUGUCGAUGGUGAAAAUCGACUCAAUACACCUUUUUGUACGGCCCAGCUAGCCUGCUUUAAUGGAAUAUUCGGAGCGCCCACACCGUACGGUGACGCAGCAUACACCGGUAACAACAUGGAGUCAAUUUUGCCACCCGCCUACAGCUCGAUCGGUCCCGUUGCUGGUGCUAUUCUUGCGCUUUGUCUCGUGGUUGGUUUUGCGAUGUAUUGCUUCCGCCAGAAUGCUGACCAAAGUGGAGCUUCCGAGCAUUUGUAUGAUGAUCUCGUCGCGGAUCACUGCCACGGUUUGCCGUUGUCGCGAUUUGAUUUGGAUGACGGCAGCCCGUCCGAUGAUUGUGACAUUAGUCGUACGAACGCGAAGCAAAAUCUGUUACUGAACGGGCAGCAGAAUGCGAAUUACAUGAUUAUUCCAAAUGUAGCCUCACCGUACCAGAUGUCGUCUGACUAUCGCCGCCCGAACGGUGGUGGUGGUGGUGGCUCGUCUGACCAUGGCUACUCUACCAUGACACACCAUGAGGAAUCGGAGCAUCUGUGCCUGUCCAAUGUAGAUCCGCAGGGAAUUCCGUCCGGCAGUGGUGGGCACGGUACCGGUGUUGGUAACAAACGACUUUCAAUGUCGGACAGUGCGUCCAUCAGCACAUCCGUUUCCAGCCCGUACAGCAAUCACACGGGCGGUCCCGGGAGCUCCUUUCUGUCGAAGCCUCCGAUGCUUAACGAGUCGAAAAUGAUCGGAACGACGAUCGAUCGGUUCGCGGACCCGGCCAUGCACACCUUGCUUCCCUCGCCAACAUCCAUUUCUAGAACGGGUGUGCUGGGAACUACGGUUUUACCGCCGGGAUCACCCGUCUCGACCACAACAAGUGGUCAUCACAUCCUCGUCCCUGUAACCGUCCAUCGAAAUAUGGAAGUGUCCUAAAAGGAAGGUGUGUAGCUCAAAUAGAAAGGAAGGUACCUUUUGUAACCUUCGAUUUAACCACAACCGCAGGAUAAAUAUUUUCCCAUCCAUCCAUUUCGACGGAUGAUGGUCCGUGUAUAGUUUGUUGGCAUUCCUCUCACCAUGUGUUAAGAUGGUAUCAUUUUGCUUUAGAACACUGCUCGAGCUAUAGGUGAGAACCAGUGGUAGUUUUAUGAAUGGUUCGUCAAUAAUGCAAACUAGAAGAUUUAGUUACGUAGUAGUUUCUUCAAAACACAACGUCAUCAUAUCGUUGCUUGAAGGAGAAGAUUUACUCCCUACGUAACGUGCAUCAAUACUAACUCUUAACAUCAUUUUAAAAUCGAGACUGAGAUUACUUUGAAUGGAAGUUCCGGGAGAUGGAAUUGUGCCGAAAUAUAAUAGCUGCCAACAAAAAGUUGAACUCUGCCGGAGUGGGAGUGAUUUUUGCUCCCCGACCGAAGAGAGACGCUUGCCUUUAUACUAUAUUUUUUUAUUAUUGUUUAAGCUAGGCUUAAGGAAAUAGAACAAACGAAGGAUAACAGGACGUGUGAAACGAAUAUCAAACUAGAAACUAGCACCAGUUAUAUGAUCAGGAUAAACUGUGCACCCGUAAAGCAUUUAUUGCUUACCACUGACUAUUUUAACGGACGACGAUACCCAUUGACUAAUGUUCAAUGCGUGUGUAAGAGAUUGUUUAACACAACUGUAGGCUGCUAAAUAGUGUACCAUAAAUUGUAACGAUUCACAUUACAUAUCCUUCCCCAGGUUUUCACCAGUGUUCUUGUUGGAACCAACUUAUCUUCGUCGAACUGAACUAACUGGACAAUAUACGCAUUGAUCGUUCAACUAACAUUAGCUGUACUAAGCGAAUUGUACGAGAUCAUCGAUCGUGAUCUCUCUGCCAACUGUGUACCCAUGUGCUUCCUUUUAUGAUGUGCAGCUGUUUAGGUUUAAUUAAUUUGCAAUGUACAAAUGUGGAUCGUGUUUCUGACUCGGUUUUCUCUAUACGUAUACGGCAGGGUAUACGCGAACACAUAUGCCUCUAGGUAAUCGGAUAGACCGCUGGUGCGGAAGAGAUUUGGUAAAAUGUAUGUAACGUUUUUUUUUUAUUUUAUGGCUGAUGUUGAGUCGAAAGUGAAGAAACGGAAAAUAUUACGCGACAUCCUAAAUAAACUUAUUUAACAGAUUUC